UCUAUUGUUAUUCUACCACCCCAAUUAGUUCUACAAGCGAACAAUGUCCAUGAAGGUGACUUACAAUUACUACAAAACGACAUACAUUAUCCUCAAAAUUGCUGUAUUUAUAAAGCUAAUAGUCGUAUAACUAGCUUCACUUACGAUACACGCAUCAGUGACAAGCAUGGCGUUCAGAGACAAGGUAGUCUUAGUGACCGGCGGGAGUUCCGGCAUCGGCAAAGCCAUAGCCUUACAUUUCUCUAAAGAAAAAGCUAAAGUAGUCAUCAUUGGUCGUACUAAAGCCACUAUAGAUGCAGUUAAGGAUAUUUGUACGGCGAACAGUGGGAAUGAAGCUGUGGGGAUACAAGCGGAUGUCAGCAAGGACGCGGAUGUUGAAAUGAUAGUAAAUAAAAUCACUGAAAAAAUGGGAAGACUGGAUGUGCUUGUGAAUAAUGCUGGGGUAUUCAUAUCUGAUGAUAUAUUUACGGCUACUAUGGCAAGCUUCGAUGCGCAUAUAAACACGAAUCUUAGAGGGACUUUUAACCUGACGAGGCUGUUUGUGCCACUUCUUAUCAAGUCACAGGGUAAUGUCAUCAACAUAUCCGGAGUGGAAGCGGUCAAGUAUUGGGAAGGGCUCUUGACUGACAGCCUGUCAAAGGUGGCGAUCCAGCAUUUGACUAAGUAUGUUGCUUACGAACUGGGACCGAAGAAGGUUCGCGCUAACUCUGUAGCACUUGGCUAUGUGACGGGCACGAAGAUUAUAGAGAGAGCGAAUAUAGAUCCCGAGGAGUUCGGUCGAGGGUUCCUUCCAAGCGUGCCCCUAGGAGAGUUCAUCAAGCCUGAAGAUGUGGCGAAGACAGUAGCGUUCAUUGCCAGCGACGCGGCCAAACAUAUCACUGGACAGAACAUAAUUAUGGAUGGAGGAUUCAGCUGCUAUUAGUGAUAGUCAAAAUCAACCUUGACAAAUUGAUAUUUACCAAGAUUUCAAGAUGAACCUUGAAAUCUUGAAUCUUGGAAGAAUCUUAAAAUCUUGGUGAGAUAUAUCUUUUCUAAUAGCUAUCAUACAAUGUUGUAUGUAUUGGUUCUAUUUAAAAGACAACACUGUUUGUGACUGUACGAAAAUGUGUGUACUUUUUAAAUUACAUUUCUUUUAUAUUGUUAAGUAAAGGGACAAAAAUGUAAUUAAUUAACAUGGUUUGGAUUUAGGGUUGGACAAAAUGAGAUUUGUGAAUAGUUUGAUAUAUAUUAAAUUUGUAUUUUUACA